AUGAUGAUUGAUCCGUCGCUGCGAGAGAAGGUGCAUCGGCGGAAAAUGCGGGCUCAUCGAGGCGGCCAAAGACAUCACUCAUGUCAUGCCAUGACCGGGCUGGAGAGGAUCGUGGACGACUGGCAAGGAAUGAAAAGCUUGACGUCGACAACUAAGCCUCGAGCCGUCCUGGACCCGGUGCUAGUGCAUCCGGGUCUUUGCAUGCACGACGCGUGUCGUGACCGACCUGGCGACCAAGUGGUUGCGGGUCACGAUGGGACACCGACGUAG